UUCCAGUUCAGCCUCAUUGAGACGCAGUUUCAGAGCCACACCUGACAACUGGAUGUGCUCAAACCCAACGGACACAAACACACACACACACAAACACACACACACACACCCUCACACCCUCAUCGGAGGAAACAUGUCUUCCAUCUACCUCCUUCUGCUGCUGCUCCCCCUGGCGGCAGCUCAGACAUUUCAGUGGGGUCCCUGCCCAAUACCCCCAGUUCAGCCUGGAUUCAACGUCCAGCAGUAUCUGGGGAGAUGGUACGAGAUCGAGAAGCUUCCUGCUUCAUUUGAAAGAGGAAAGUGCAUCGAAGCAAACUAUUCUCUGAGGAAAGAUGGAACCAUCCGGGUGCUCAACUCUCAGUUCUAUCAGAACAAGACGAGUGCGGGCGAGGGGACGGCGGUGGUUCGAGACCCGAGGGAAGCAGCCAAACUGGGAGUCAGCUUCUCGUACUUCUCUCCCUACAGCCCGUACUGGGUUCUGUCCACUGACUACACCGGUUUCACCAUCGUGUACUCGUGCAACGACUUCCUCCGCCUGUUCCACGUGGACUUCGCCUGGAUCCUCACCCGGUCGCGCUUCCCACCUCGGGAGACGGUGCAGAACGCCAAAGACCUGUUGAUCAGAGAGGGAAUCGACCUGACCAGGAUGACGGCCACAGAUCAGACUGGCUGCAGAGACGAGUGAUGGACCUUAAAGAUGAAACUGAUUAACUCCUCUGCCUGUUUCUCAUGGUUUGGUUUCGAUUUUAAUGUUAACACUCAAAUAUGAAUAUAUUGUUUUUCAUACUGCAGAAGUGAAUCUUACACCAUUUACAAAUAAUGAAAUAAUAAGUUUAUUAUUUAACAAUAAGCUUUGGGAAGGUUCUCUGUGUAAUAAAGAUGUAUUCAUUAAUCUGU